AUGAAUAAAUACGCUUUAGAAGAAUAACAAAUUUUAAAUGAAAUUAUUGAUUAAAUAUUUUCAUCCAACAUUGUAGAAACAAAAAUAAUAGCAGAAGAAAUCUAUAGUGUAAAGAGACUUGUUUCAUUAGAAUAAUUUUUACCUAACAUUUGUGGAUUCUAUGCACUAUAUAACACAUAUUUUGAUAUCAACCACAAUAUUACAUUAUUUUGGAAAUUCUACUUUGAAUUAAUAAAAUAGUUAAAUCAAAUGUUUGAAGGGGACUUCGAAAAUUUUGAUGAAUUAUAGCGUUAUCAUCUUGAUUACAUACUAAAUAAUAAAAUUAUUUCAUAACUCCAAGUGUAUUAGGAUUUUGGCAACAAAAGACCAAAAGAAGUAAUUCCAUUAUUUUAUGGUUGCGAUAUCAUUUAAAAUUCAAUUGAGGAGUUAUCUAUCAUCUCAGAAUCAUUUAAUAGAUUAAGAUAAUAAUAGUUAUCUAAUUUAACUCUCAUUUGUGGUAUAACAAUACAUUACUUGAUAAUUGAUUUGAUAUGGGAGGAAAACAAACUUAAUAUUUAUUUGAUAGACUCUCAAAAUGAUAGUUUAAAUAAGUUAUUUAAUAAGCAGAUUGUUAUGGAUAAAAAUCUUUCUUUGGAAAAACGAAGAAGACGAAGGUAUAAGAUUGAUUUAAGAAACUUAAUAAUGAUUCUUUAAAGACUAUUAAUAGGUUAAGACAUAGUUGAUAUUUAUUUAGAAUAUGCACUCAAUAAUAUAAGAGAUAGUUUUGACGAAUUUGCAUAAAGAAAAUAAUUAAAGGAAUGGAUUAUUGAGGAGUAUCCAUUACCAGUUAUAAAACAUAUGAUAUUUAAUGUGGCUAAACAAUUUAAUAAAUAACUGAAAUAAAUGUCAUGGAUAUUAGAGUAUGAGAAUUAGGAAUUGAGUGAAUUAAAGAAUUAAUUAAUGACUUUUAUUUGA